UGCGGUCUGCGGCUCCACGUUCUCCCCCAGCCGACCAUCGCCAUCUGCGAUUCAGAUCCAUACUGGGGCCGUGUCCCUUUGGGCAUGUGGAGCGCGGUGUAUGUAGGGAAGGGAACAUUAAUUACAACCGCUGCGCACGGGGUAUCUGAUUCACAUCUGCAGCCCACAAUUGCCGAUGGCGCAGAAGGAGCUCAGCGUUCAGCCAGCCCCAGAAGGACAUGGGGAGGAAGCGUUCCCACGGCGGGGAGCGCCGUCCCCGGGAGCUCUCUGCUGCCAGCCCGAGCAGAGCUGCAAAGCAAAGCCGACAGCUCUCUCUGCUGGGGCACAAGUGGGCUGUGUUGGCCCUUGGCAGCUGGAGCACCAACGUGACAGAUGAUUGACCGGGGAGCUGCUAAAUGCUCUGUAGCAAAUUAAAAGGAAUCGAUGCUGAAGAGACCGAUGCACAAAUCGGUGGAGCCUGUUCAUUUUCCCCUGUGUUGAGGCGCUGGAAAUCAGAGUAGCAGCCCAGCCCAAAGGUGCCCAUUCUCCAUCACACGAAGCCCAGGGUCAGCCUGUCCUAAGGGAGGAUGCUGACAAUUUGAGUCCGGAUUGGCAGGAGGCAAGGAAAAGGCAUCUUUAAGGUUUCCUUCCAAAUGAGUCCCUGAGGUUCCUGCUGGCAGCUCCAGCAGUGUCCUGUAGAAGUGCCCUCCUGCUCCUGGUCCCAGCAGCUGAGGCCCCUCCAAACCUGCUUCUGCAAUGGGUAAUGAGGAGCUGUGGGUCCAGUCAGUCUUGGAGAUGCCGAAGAGACGAGACAUCCUGGCUAUCGUGCUGAUAGUUCUGCCCUGGACACUACUAAUCACCGUCUGGCACCAGAGCACCAUUGCUCCACUGCUUGCAGUGCACAAGGAUGAUGGUGGUGAUUCCCGGCGUGAUCUCGCUGCAGGCUUGGACUCCAAGGAAUACUGCUUGUCGGACCGGGACAUUGUGGAGGUGGUGAGGACAGAAUAUGUUUAUACCCGCCCACCCCCGUGGUCAGACACCCUUCCCACCAUCCACGUCAUUACACCCACCUACAGCCGGCCCGUACAGAAGGCAGAGCUGACGCGCCUGGCCAAUACCCUCCUGCACGUGCCAAACCUGCACUGGAUCCUGGUGGAGGACUCACAGCGGCGCACGCCUCUCAUCACCCGGCUGCUGCGGGACACGGGGCUUAACUACACUCACCUCAAUGUGGAGACACCCCGCAACUACAAGCUGCGGGGAGACAUGAGGGAUCCCCGCAUCCCCCGGGGGACCAUGCAGAGGAACCUUGCCCUGAGAUGGCUGAGAGAGACCUUUAACAAAAAUAACAGCCAGCCUGGGAUUGUUUACUUUGCCGAUGAUGAUAACACCUACAGCCUGGAGCUCUUUGAGGAGAUGCGCAGCACCAGAAAGGUGUCAGUGUGGCCAGUAGCCUUCGUCGGUGGCUUGCGCUAUGAGUCACCCAAAGUGAACGCUGCAGGGAAGGUCUAUGGCUGGAAAACUGUGUUCGACCCCCAUCGCCCCUUUGCUAUAGACAUGGCGGGGUUUGCUGUGAACCUCAGACUGAUUCUCCAGCGAUCUCAGGCUUACUUCAAACUGCGAGGAGUGAAGGGAGGCUACCAAGAGAGCAGCCUGCUCCGGGAACUAGUGACCUUGAAUGACCUUGAGCCGAAAGCUGCCAAUUGCACUAAGAUUUUAGUCUGGCAUACAAGGACAGAAAAGCCUGUGCUGGUGAAUGAGGGGAAGAAAGGAUUCACAGAUCCCAAUGUGGAAAUCUGACUGUGGCAAGGCUGAAUGGAGACCAACACCAGAAGAUUUCUUCAUGCACAGCCUGCAAGGUUCCUCUCCACAGCAUACAACCAGCCAGGACCUCUGCUGACUUCCAAGAGUUUUAGCAUACUGAAAACAAGCAACACUGCAUACAUAAACUACCCAGAUUCCCCUGCCCUUCCUCCUGGACUCUGAGCAGAACCAGACACUCUGGAGGUGGAGAAAAAGCACAGAAAAUACAGGACUGACGUCAGCUUCAGUAGAAGACCAGCUGCCUCGUGAGAUGCUCAGUUUGGGAGAAGUGCAUGCAGGGCACGAUGCACUGAAGACGUGGCCCAGCUGGAACGGUAGUCUAGACUGAGGGGGCUGUUUUACAGGACCUGAAAGCAAGGGUGAGAAUGCCCACAGGAGUGUGUUGGCCCCUGGUGACUUGUUUUUCCUGAGACACAUGUACCUUGUGGCUAUGUGUGCAACAGCCUAAGCAGCUCUCUGUUCAUGGAGGGGACAGCUGCCUUCCGAGAUGGCACCUUAGCCCUUAAUUUUAGACCUACUUUAAUCAGUGUUUAUUACGCUGCACAAGACAGGAAGGUUUCGGGGAAGGGUGAAAAGCAAGGCAGGUUAGAACAAACCCAUUAAGUAUCUCUGUUCUCUUUGUAUUCCCUCUUCUUUCCCUUCAUUAGUUUCAUGGUUUGGAGGGCACUCUGACAUAUACCUCUACGUUCAUAGAAUCAUAGAAUAGUUUGGGUUGGAAAGGACCUUUAAAGGUCAUCUAGUCCACCCCCCCUCCCGCAAUGAGCAGGGACAUCUUCAAU